AACAAAUUCACUUUUGAAAACAUACAUAGUUAAUUAUUAUGCCGUAAUUAUGUUCAGUAUAUUAUAAAUUUUAGCCAUAAAGUUUAACUGUGCGUAAAAAUUAAUGAUCCCAUGCAGUGAUACGAGCUCGAAAUAUGAUUAUUAAAAUUAAUCAACCUAGAUAAUUAAAUGAAAAUUUAAGUGUAAAGUGAAUGAAUGAAUUGAAUACAGUAUAAACAUUCAUAACCGAGUAUCUUAAGCAAAGAAAAAAUUUCAGAUAUAUUUUAAAGUUUAGAGGACAAGACAGAGAUGAGCGGAAGAAAGUUAUAUGGCGUAUUCCCUUGGUUUAUGUUUAUUUUAAGAAGGAUAUAUGACAUGAAAUUAAAGUCUCAGUAUGAAACUUGUUUCUAUUUUGGUAAAAAAUUGUGACCGCAUCCGAACGAGUGCAUCGAAAUAGUAAAAUCAAAUAAAUAUUUUUCAUACAAAGUUCCCAGCUCUAAAGCGGAUGUACGUAUAUAAUGGGACUUCCUUAAUCAAGACCAUAUUUUAAGAUUAUCGGAAUAUGGUGCCUGAAAAUAAUCCUACCUGUACACGCCACCCGGAUUUGCAUGUGACACCAGAUUCAUACUGUACAUGUUGAUGCUUCGAAUUUUUUGCUCGUUUAGUCCCUCCAUCGCUACCAAAUGAGUGUUGAGUUAUUAAUAUUGAAGCAUCACGGGACACAGAGGUUCUCACAAAGCAUUUCAGUGAAAUUUAUUAUCCAGGUUUCGUAUAGUUGAAGAAUAGACGUCGACUCAAGAUGACCUCAGAGCAGCUCUAGUUGUGCACGUAAUAACGGUGAAGAUAUCAUUGGAUGUUGCCUUGCAAGUUAUUCCGAGAAGAAAAUAAGGGGAAUACUUAUUUGAUGAAAUGAUAAAGUUUUAAUGUUACAUACAUCUUGGGAAGUUUGUAAAACUCUGAGUUAAAAAGUGCUAGACGUGAAGUAAUCUUGGUAUGUAUGGUGAAGGUGCUACUUUGCAAGCGAAUAAGCUGUUCCUCUUGUGAAAAUGACUUAGUCAAUGGGAUCGAGAAAUAUAUAUUUUUAAUGCAGUAUAUUCAGGAAUGAUACUCGAUGAACAUUGAGGACGUUUGAUCCACGCAAGUGCUGAGAAGGCGGAGAAGAUGUCGCUCUUGACAUUGUGCUUCGUCGUGCUGCUGCUGGUGCUUCACUACAUCAUAGACCUCAAUACUCUGAGUGUACCAGAGUUCCUGAGCGACUACGACACGCGUAUCUCUGCUCUGGCUAACGCAGCAGUGCUGGCGCAGUGGACCUGGUCUACCAACAUCACGCGUCACAACCAGGACGUCAUGGACGAGGCGGCCAUGGAGGAGGCCGUGUACCAGGCACAGGCGUACAGCAAGGCUCGCUGGUUCCUGACGAUGCACCAGCGGGGGCGGCUCCCCCUGAGCGAGGACCAGCGGCGGCAGCUCGGCAAGGUGGGGCGUGCCGCGCUCGCCGAGCCUGACCGCUCGCGCCUCGCCGAGGUCCGCGCCAACAUCAGCGCGACGUACGCUAGAGCUCAGAUCCGGGUUAUGUCGGAUGAUGCGAAUGAGACAAAAAUAAUGAAGCUAGAGCCAGACUUAACGAACUUCAUGGCAGCGAACAGAAGCUACGAGUCACUAGCGAGCGUCUGGAGCGCGUGGAGGGAUGAGGUUGGCAGGACGGUAAGGCCGCACAUCAAGACGCUGGUCGAGCUGCAGAACAAACAGGCGAGGAAGAACGGCUUCGCUGACCACGGAGACUUCUGGAGAGGGAAGUACGAGACCGAGGGGUUUGAAGAACAGAUCGCGUCACUGAACGAACAGCUCUCCCCGCUCUACCGAUCCCUGCAUGCCUACGUCAGACACAAACUCAUGUUGUACUACAAUGACGACGAAAUGUUCGAAGAUGGUUUGAUACCAGCCUGCAUCCUGGGUGACAUGUGGGGCAGGUUUUGGACGGACAUAUACGACAUAGUGGAGCCGUACCCCGACGCCAUGUCAGUGGACCCCACGCCUGAGAUGCUCAAACAGAACCUCACGGUGCUGGCCAUGUACCACAUGGCAGACAACUUCUACAAGUCCAUGGGGCUGCAGCCUCUGCCGGAGAAGUUUUACAAGCUGUCCAUGCUUGAGCGUCCUGAGGACGGGAGAGAAGUGGACUGCCAUGGCACUGCCUGGGACUUCCUCGAUGGCAAGGACUUCAGAAUUCGGAUGUGUACUCAAGUAAACUUCAAGUACCUGGAGGUGAUACACCACGAGCUCGGCCACGUACAGUACUUCAUGCAGUACGCUCAUCUACCUUACGUCUACCGAGACGGAGCCAACGAUGGGUUCCACGAGGGCAUCGGCGAGCUCAUGGGCAUGACUCUAGCCACCGUCAGCCACCUCAAGUCCAUCGGGCUGCUGCCCAGCGAGCCAACGUCAGAAGAGAACACCAUAAAUUUUUUGAUGCGUACGGCGCUGAAGACUGUGACAACCCUGCCGUUCCACUACGUCUACGACCUCUGGAGGUGGGAGCUGUUCAGGGGCGACAUCCCUGAGGAAAGAUGGAACCAACGUUUCUGGGAGCUCAAAUCUAAAUAUCUUGGAGUAAAGCCUCCUGUCGCUAGAACGGAAGAACAUCUCGACGCCUUCAACAUCUUCCACGUGAACAACGACUUCGACAUGAUCAGAUACUUCACGAGGACUGUACUGCAGUUCCAGUUUGCGGGCGCAUUGUGCGACAUUGCCGGAUUCGAAGGCCCACUCCACGACUGCGACUUUUCCAACUCAACGGCCGCUGGCGAGAAACUAGCUGCUAUGCUCUCCCUUGGAUCGUCAAAGCCAUGGAUGGAUGCCCUGGAACAGCUCACAGGAGGCCGAGUCAUGGAUGCCAAAGCCAUUAUCGACUACUUCGCGCCUCUGCAGACGUGGAUCACGAACUAUCUUCUGCAGCACAACCAGACGCUUGGUUGGGAUAAUGAUCAAGUUUGAUGUGAUAUUGACCGAGUAUUUCGGUGCUUUCGGAAGUACAAUCUUAUAUCUUUCCAAUUGCUUUUGAACGGAGAGAAGAUGUGCUGAAAAAACACAAGAACUGAGACGAACUGUGGAUAUGACGCUUGUGAAGCCAAGAACAUGUGACAAGAUGUGCUGAAAAACAAAAGAACUGCAACACACUGUAGAUAUGAAGCUUGUGAAGUCAAAAACGUGUGUCGCAGGACCUCGAAAGUUGCGGACUUUAAUGCAAUCAAAGGGAGAAGCAAAUGAACCAGACUGUGAAUUUUCUAGAACAAAUAGUGGUCUGGAACGUAAUUAAGCUGGAUAUUAGGUAAUGAAGCAAAAGCAUCAGAUAGAAUGUCAAUAUCCACUAUGAACUGCCGCUCACUGGUCUUCCUAGUUGAUGAAAAACUUGGUGUAAAACUUACUAGAAAAACUGAAACUUACUAGAAAAACAGAAAAACGCUUACUUGAUGACAAACUUCUAGGAGUCAACAUUUCCGAGUGUCGCUAGAGGCAAGAGAACGCGUCAGUAUUUAAAUACUAAAUCUAAGUUUGAAUUUAUAGAGUUUGUGUGUCUCGAAAUUCAAUGACGGGAUAAAGCAAGGUGAGUGAAUGUUCUCGCUCGUUUUCAUGUUCAAAGUGUUCAUUGUAUAUAUUUUUUAGAAGCUUGUCGACAGAUGAAGACAUAAAAUAGUCGUAGUGGCUGAAAAACAAUGGUGAAACUUUCUUCUGAACCAAAAUUAUUCCAUUUGUAAUUUCCCAAGUAAACGAAACCAUAUUAAAAUUGUAGAAGUUUUUAAUUUUAAUUUAUGUAGUCAAAAAAUAGAGGCGCGACACGCUCGUUUCAUGGCCGAUGAGCGUCGAAAGAAUGGUCGUAUUGCGGGAGAAUAUUGCUGUUGGGAGGGCGAAAUUUUCAUGGCUAUUGUCUUGAUUACGCACGCCAUUAACCAGCGGCUGUUCUUACACAGAGAGAUAUGAGUGGGUAACUAUCCAAAAACUGAUUAAUUAAUUAAAUUUUUUGAGUCAUAUUGACCCAUUUUUACCAGGAUAAAGGGCGCAUUUUUUUCUCAAGUUCUGGGUAAGAAAGUAAGAAAGUUUGUCACUAUUGGCACACUCAUUUAUUUUUCUGAGUGUACGAGACUCGUGCAUGCAUGCAAUGACCGCGCAAAAAUCUGCCUUCUAGUCUAAAGUGUGGAACAAUUGUGUUUAUAUUAUGGGCCUUGUCACCUCUGCAGCACCAAUGAAUGUUUAUAAACAUUAUUUGGACUUAUUCAGGACAAUGAUAGAAUUUAUGUGAAAGAAAAUUCCACAAUCUCAUCAUCACUGACGACAUCAAUAUUAUUGGAACACACUCAAGUUUUGAUUUACGAGUAAUAAUUUGCAUUAGGAUAAUUAUCAAUAGUAAUAUAAGCAUUAGGAACAGAAUUGCUCUUAAUAUCGUGUACAAAGCACAGGGGCACUGUUGUUUCUGGAACUGAAUCAAAGUAAACUUGAGUAAAGAGUAUUGGAAGCAGUUACUACAGGAUGCGUGGGUCGGCCUGUCGUCCACUGUACUUUCUUAAUCGCCUUCUACACUCUUCAAAUGCGUAGGACAACCAGGAUUUAAAAUUGGGUAGGGGCAAACAAUGGUUUGAUUUUGAACUCAUGUUUCAGCAGGCAAGGUUUGUGACAUUUAACUCUGUACAAAAAUUACCUGGGGUCUUAAUAUAGUCAUUUACUUUUAGUCGAGAAAAAAUUGCUUCUUGGAUUGAAAUCUUUAAGAAACUUUAACUAAAUGGAAAUCAAGUUUUCGAAAACUGUAAUGUGUUUUCAGUAUUAGCGUUUUACGAAAGCAAGAGGUGUUUGGACGAAUUUAAGCCAUUUUUAUUUUCUAACUUGUAUCCAUGAUACGCAAAAACGCUAAAGGAUAACUUGACUUUUUAUCUUCAGUUGAAAAUUAAUUGAUUUGACACCGCUGGAUUUCAUCUCUGUAAUAGUUAAAUUAUUUUAUUUCAAGAUCUAUACUUCUUUAUCUACAUGUCUACCUCAUUUUAAUUGCAAUAUUAAGAAAAUACGAGCAUCUAAUGUUAAGAUGGAAAAUAUUUCAGUGUUACUGUUCGUAUGAUUAUGCAUUACUGCGUACGAUGGAUUAGAUCGGUUACGUCUCUAGCAAAGAGUAAAUGCACACUAUUAAACGGUUGACGAUAUAUCAAUGUUUACCAUGACGACUGAAGUAAAUCAAAAUAGGACUGAAGCAAGUUGAAAAACUCGUAUGAUGUGUUGUUUUACUGGAUUUUAAUAUGCACACACAAUUAAGAUGCACUUUUUCUAUGAAGGGAUUAUUUAUCUAUAUUAAGGUUAAUUUGUACAUUCAGUAAGAUAGACUCGUAGGACUCUUAGAACUCUAAAAGACUCGUAGCUUCGCUGGCCUUUAGUGCAGCAGAGUCGAAAUUCUUAAUAAUACAGAGCUAAGAUUCGGAAAUAUAGUUCAUUUCUUAUCAUUGAAAGUCAGAGGCUGUCCGCAUUAAAAGCCAGGUAUUGCUUCACUCGUCUUGAAAAGAAAACUAUUUUCUGAAACUCGCAUCACUUUAACAAAAUGCAAAAAUGUAAAUGUAUUUGACAUCAAAAUUAAAUCACAAUUGGAUGUUUCCUAAUUUCAUAAAAUGAAUCGUUUUUAUUUGCCUAAAACUGUCAUUCAUCACGCUAACGUCUUACGAAUGUAUCUUUAAAUUAUUACUGUAAUUAAUAAUUCUAAAGCAGACCCAAAUGUAGGAGUGUUGUUCUAACGAGUAUGAUUUCUGAUUUGCUGUGUUGUUUGUUGUUGAGUUUUAUUUUUUUGAAAUAUUGUUGUU